CAUUAUGGAGCACAGAAUACCUUUUAUAAAUGCCUGUGUAUAUUUUUGACAUUCUGGUUCUAGAAAAGCGUUUUAAUUUCAUUUUCAGACAGGCACGUGUGCGGCCACCCCGCGGCAGGGGUCCUGAUUCGGGGGCUCCGCUCUUUCUCAGUGGAGCGGCGGAGCUGGACGCUGCUGUUGCCGUCACUUCGCCUUCUGGCCCAACAAACAGCCGCGAAGCGACCCCGAGGUCACCUUGGACCAGCACUAUGGCUGUACCUCCAGCAUACAGCGACCUUGGAAAAUCUGCCAAGGACAUCUUCAAUAAAGGAUAUGGUUUCGGUAUGGUAAAACUUGAUGUCAAGACCAAGUCUGCAAGUGGAGUGGAGUUCAAAACAUCAGGCUCCGCUAACACUGACACUAGCAAAGUGGCCGGGAGUCUAGAAAGCAAAUACAAGCGUUGCGAGUACGGACUGACCUUCACGGAGAAGUGGUCCACAGACAACACGCUGGGGACCGAGAUCACUGUGGAAGACCAGCUUGCCAAAGGACUGAAGCUCACCUUUGACACCACUUUUUCGCCAAACACUGGCAAGAAGAGCGGAAAGGUGAAGACUGCCUACAAGCGUGAAUACAUCAAUGUUGGCUGUGACGUGGACUUCGACUUUGCUGGGCCCACCAUCCACGGUGCGGCUGUGAUCGGCUAUGAGGGCUGGCUCGCCGGGUACCAGAUGACCUUUGACACGGCCCAGUCCAAGCUGACGCAGAAUAACUUUGCAGUGGGCUACAAGACCGAGGACUUCCAGUUGCAUACCAACAUAAAUGAUGGCUCGGAGUUUGGCGGUUCCAUCUAUCAGAAAGUGAACGACAAGCUGGAGACGGCGAUCAGCCUGGCCUGGGCCGCCAGCAGCAAUAACACCUGCUUUGGCAUCGCUGCCAAAUAUCAGCUGGACUCCAGCACCUCCGUGAGCGCUAAAGUAAAUAACACCUGCCUGAUUGGAGUAGGCUGUACCCACAGUCUGAGACCAGGUGUGAAGCUCACACUAUCUGCCCUGGUAGAUGGAAAAAGCAUCAAUGCUGGGGGUCACAGACUGGGCCUGGGCUUAGAGCUGGAAGCCUAGGGCUCCCAUUUCCCCUCUGACCCGGAAAACAAGAACUCAGCCAGCAGCUGAUUGUUGACAGCAGUGUGUUCACUUGGAGAAACCAGUUAAUUUCAAUAGAAACCUAAAUAUUUAUCCCAUAAUUGUUUUCUGAGCACCCAUCAUAGCAGACAUGGCUCUAACUUUAGAGAAUGAGAGAACUACUCCUUGCGUGCUUACAUUCCCUUUUCCAUGGUGAACACUUUCCUUUUUCAUUCUCAUCUUCGCCAUGGCAAACACUCCCAUCUGUGAUGGACUCCAUCUCCUCUUCACUUAAGUACCCUUUCUGUGAUUGGUACGUACCCAGUCCGUGCAUUUGUGUGUAUUAUUUAUUACCUGUUAAAGCACUUAAUUACAAUGUUAAUUGUCGUGUUUUGUUGGCAAGGUAUAACUGGUGCUCAGUUGUGCCAGUAGCUGGUUACCAGUUUACUGCAGUCACGUGCAGUCAGAAUUUUGAAGUUUAAAAACCCAGUAAGUAAUAGUUUAUCAUAUGCUUCAAAAUUGUAAGCAUCAACUCAUACUCCAUUUUUUUUUAAUUUACUGAGAAGUGUUUUUCUGGCAUCAGCUUUUUUGGAACACUAUUCAAAGGUGGUAACUGAGCUGUAAUACAUGAAAUAGCAAAAAAACUUGGCAAAGUUUUCUGUUAGCAAUAACUUGAAAUAAAGUAUUUUGGUUUAAUCAGUCAUUUGUGUCUUUGAAAGCUAGAUUGUUGAUGGGAUAGUGAAAAGAUCACUGGCAUUUAAAGAAAUGGCAGCUGAGUCUAUAAAUAUAGCUCAAAAUGUUUAUUUUGUGCUGUAACCUGAAAAUCUGACCUGUUAAAAGGUCACUUUUUUUAGCAAGGUACCAAACUAUGCCGUAAAACAGGUGGCUACAGAAAAUGAAAAAACAAAAACUCAAGGGGGGAAAAAAAAAAAAGGUUCAUUCCCAAUAUGAAACUUCAAAAGGUCUGUCCUGUAUUGUAAGAAAUCGCUGCUCUACAAUCAUGAAUGAUGCUCAAAUUUGUCAUCUGCAAAAUGUGGAAAAGGGCCUUUUCCUUUUCUGUAUUUUUAUGAGUUCUGUUUCGCCACUAAAACUGAGAAAGUUUGAACUUUUUUUUUUUUUUUUUAAAAAUUGUCAAAGAAUCCGGUUUCAGGUUUCACGGAAACUACCUACAGCAGGUCCUCCACUUAAGAUGGGGUUCUAUUCCAACAACCUCAUUGUAAGUCAACCUUGUCAUCUUAAACCUCCUGAAUACAUUGUAUAAUAGCACUGUUAUUUUUCUUAAUGCAUUUGUGUUAAUAUACAUAUACAGUAUUAUAUUUUCAUGUUGUGCUAUUUUUCACUUUCAUUUCUCAAUCUUUCACGUUUAGUUUUCCGUGCCACCAAACUCAAUUUCAUGCUCGGCCUAGUUUAUUUUAAAAAAAAAAAAAA